AUGAUCAGCACCGAUGGCCUUUCUAAAUGCGAGGCGACCCGGGGCAUCUCAAAGAAGAGGCAACCGGAGAUGCUGCACCUCAUGUCUGCGGUUGUUGUCUGGUUAGUGACGGGGACGACAAUAUCCAGCCUCAACAAGUGGAUAUUUGCCGUCUACAACUUCAGAUACCCUCUUCUUCUGUCAGCGCUACACAUGCUUACGGCAAUAGUAGUGGAUUAUGGCUUGAUUAAACUGAGGGUUAUCCAGCAUCGAGGCAAUGAUGAACGAGAUUUGACCACUAGCGCCAAAUGUAAAGUGUUCUUACUGAGCCUGACUUUUUGCGCCAGUAUAGCAUUUGGAAACGUGGGUCUCAACUAUGUUCAGCUGUCUUUCGCACAAAUGAUCUAUACGACUACGCCGUUAUUUACCCUCGCCAUAUCCACCUUCAUUCUGGGAAAGCAACAUCACAUUCUCAAAUACACAGCGAUGAUGCCCAUCUGCCUCGGAGCCUCAUUCAGCAUAAUGGGCGAGGUUCAGUUCGACCAGACCGGCUGCCUGUUCGUGUUCGCCGCCACAAUGCUACGAGGAGUAAAAACUAUUCAACAAAGCAUCCUGCUCCAGGAGGAGAAGAUCAACUCCGUCUUCCUCCUUUACCUGAUGUCCAUCCCUAGUUUCUGCAUCCUGGCCGUGGCUGCCCUGAUGCUGGAGAACUGGGCGGGGUUAGAGUCUCCUCUCCAUUACGACCGUCACCUGUGGCUCUUCAUCCUUCUCAGCUGCCUCGGGUCAGUCCUGUACAACCUGGCCAGCUGCUGCGUCAUCACGCUGACCUCUGCCGUGACGCUGCAUAUCCUGGGGAACCUGAGCGUGGUGGGGAACCUCCUGCUCUCCCAGCUGCUGUUUGGCAGUGAACUCUCGGCCCUCAGCUGUGCCGGCGCCGCCCUCACCCUCUCCGGCAUGCUCAUCUACCAGAACUCGGAGUUCAUCGCGGGGUAUCUGGACGCCCGCCGUGCCCGGGGAGGAGACGCCAAAACCGGAGAGGUGGAGGUUGAGACGAAGGCUGAGAACCUGAAUCAGGACCUGGACCUGGACCUGGACCCCAGCCCCUCAGAACCAGCUCUAGAAGGUCUCGAUGAAGGCACGGUUGACAAUCUUCAUGAAAAGCUGGACUGA